AUGAGCAAAACUUAUCCGAUUCCAUUGCAUUGUAUAAUUUAUUUUCUAUUGGGUUUUCUUUUAUCAUAUAUGUGCUUUAAAAAAGUACAAAAAUAUCAUCCAUUAUAUCAUCAUUUGCUUAUUGUUUGUUCAAUAUUUGUGCUUGCAUUUGGUUUUUACUUUUUUCAAUUAAAUUAUAAUGAACAUAAUUUAAAUUUAUUGAUUCGUCUUUGUCUUUCAGCUGGUAUUGGUAUUUGUUUAGUUUGUGCUUAUUCAUUACAUAUUUAUUAUGAAAAUGAACCUCGCUAUUGA